ACAACAACCUCUAUCGGUUUGUCCACCACUCAAACCGUUGAGCUGUGGUUUCCAGUCACCUAAUACUUGAGCUAUUGAGCAGCGAGAUUGCUUUGCCUUGGCCCUGAAACCCAGAAACCUUCGCCCGAUUUCCAGGGAGCGAGCAAUCCUUCUCUAAUCAUAUUGUUAGCCAUGGCCUCUUCUUUCUCAGCCCAGUUGGUGCAAAGUCAGAACUCUCUUCCUCGUCUUUAUCACUUUCAGGGGAAUUGUAGCCAGGAUGUGUCGAAGGUUCGAAGGUCACAUAUGAUUUGUGGCAGCUCAAAAUCACAGCUUGACCACACUAAAGCAUUGGCAUCAAAAUCUCAUUAUGCCUUAACUUUUUCUGUCACCAAACAAUCUGGAGUAAAAUCCAUCUCAUAUAAGAGAAUGACAUGUGUCAACGCUAACCAAAAUGUCCUAGAGCUGCAAGCCAAAGUGACCAACAAGUGUUUCUUUGAUGUAGAAAUUGGGGGUGAAUCUGUUGGCAGGAUUGUUUUGGGCCUAUUUGGAGAAGUUGUGCCAAAAACUGUUGAAAAUUUCCGUGCUCUGUGCACAGGAGAGAAAGGAUAUGGUUACAAGGGAUCCCACUUCCACCGUAUAAUCAAAGAUUUCAUGAUUCAGGGAGGGGACUUCACUGAAGGAAAUGGAACUGGAGGAGUCAGCAUCUAUGGCUCUAGUUUUGAAGAUGAGAGUUUUGCCUUGAAGCAUGUUGGUCCUGGAGUUUUGAGCAUGGCAAAUGCAGGUCCUAACACUAAUGGUAGCCAAUUUUUCAUUUGUACUGUAAAGACUCCAUGGCUGGACAAUCGUCAUGUUGUUUUUGGGCAUGUCAUCGAUGGAAUGGAUGUUGUGAAGACACUUGAAUCCCAGGAGACAAGCAGGUACGAUGGCCCUCAGAAGCCGUGCAGAAUUGUUAAUUGCGGAGAGCUGCCUCUAGAUGCUUGAUCCUUCCUCUUAAGUGCAUCAAAAUCUUUUGCAGCGACAAUUUUCAAUUUUUAGUCUUCUGCAUCUUUUGAGACGGUUACUCUUUGCUUAAGGGAAAACAUAGUGUCAUUUAAGUGACAUUGGUAGUAAAGGAGAGGCUUUAACUUUGCCGAGGGAGCUAUUGUCAGGAUUGAUACAAACGAUAUUUUAUAUGUAUUAAACCGAAUCUCAUAAUUGCAGUACUUUCUUCUUCUCUUACA